AUGUUGUGCUGGGAAGGAGCCAGUGACUACGAUGCCUCGACGGCUGGGUCGUGUCUAUCCUCGCAGGCACUGCACGCCAACACGUUCAUGCACUCGAGCCGGAAGUCCAGCGUACCAUUGCCCUGGAGUUCGACGACACACGCAACGCAUAACAUGGAGCAAAUCUCCGGACCACCGGCAAAGACCGGUACGUUCUAUCAAACGCCACGCUCGCACCCGUGGCGCCCCACGAUGGGGUACGAAGCGGUUGAAGUGACGCCGCUGCAUGAGCAACCGAUCACCAACCAGCUGGUAGCAUCGUCCUACUCACCGUCCGCCAUGUGUUCCGAUCCGGUCACCUUCCCGAACCUCGUAACCGGGUUCGAGCGCAACCCGCAGCAUGCCGCACGGGCCGCCCUGUACACGCGCUACACACCCAACGAGUGGACCACUUCGAACGUGUGUACGUACGCGGACGCGGACAAGAACCGUAACUACUCGGAGAAGGUACGCUCCGAGGCGGUACGGUUGAUGCGCGAAACGGACGAAAAAACGUCCCAGGGUCAACGCGAUGCGGCACGGCGGCUGGGUGAGCGCAUCACCGACAUCACCUUCUGGCGCAACGAGCUAACGACCGAGCUGGAGAAGCUGAUUGCCGAAUCGGCCCAGCUGACCGAUACGAAGCGGAACGUGCAGAAGGCGCUGCAGGAUCUGGAGCCGCCGCUUCACAUCGCCCAGGAGUGUCUGUACCAUCGGGAGUCGCGCAAGGGCAUCGAGCUGGUGCACGAUCACGUCGAGAAGAGUCUGCUGGUGGAGGUGGACAAUUUGCGCGCGAGCCAGGAGAAGCUGUCGCAGCUGCUGGCGAAGAUCACGAAGCAGCUGGCGGACUGUCGGGCCGCGCAGCACUCGCUGGAGGAUGACAUCAGCCAUAAGGAGUCGGCACUCGGUAUCGACUCCAUCUGUCAUCAGCUUAACAACUAUAGCCGAGGCAUUAACUACUACGGUGGAAUCGAGAAGUACGACCCAACCGUUAGUACACCAGGCACCUGGUCCGGUUCCAGUAGUACACGGAUCAACAACUCACACUCGGAAAGAUCGAAAUCCUGUCAACUGCGCAGCGAUGCGGAAUCACUUAUCAACGCUGUAGCCACCUCCGUAUGGGACUGCUGGAGCAACACGAACAACGCAUUCAAUAAUCGCGCCUCCGAGAUGCUGGAAGCGAAGAGCAAGAUGCAAUUACAUCUGCACAAGACCCAACAGGAAAUAUUUGACGUUGAGAAGCACAUCGAGCUGCUACGGAAGGCAAUUAACGACAAAUCAAACCCCAUGAAGGUCGCCCAAACACGUCUGGAAGCGCGUGCACACCGACCCGGUAUCGAGAUGUGUCGUGACAACGCCCACCUGCGUUUGGUGGAGGAGGUCUGUACGAUCCAGGACUCCGUUGCGACGCUACACCGCAAGCUGCAGGAAGCCGAAGCGCAGCACCAGCAGCUGCUGCGCACGAAGUCGCAGCUCGAGAGCAACCUGAAGCAGAAGGUGGACGCACUGUUUAUCGAUCGCGAAAAGUGUAUGGGGCUGCGGCGUUCCUUCCCCGUUAACAACACGAUUAAAUAUUAA